GUAGUUUGUUAAGCGUCUGUGAGCCGAGCUGCAGAAGUCAGAGAGCGCAGACUCCAGCGGUCUGUGGUUCCUCGUGACGUCUGCAGGAGCGCCUCACGUCUGUCAGAGGAACCGGACGCUCAGAGACGCAGCAUGUCGAGUUCUCUGGUCGUGUGCGAGGUGGAUGUCAGUCUGCAGGAGAAGCUGAAGAAGUUCCGCUUUCGUAAAGAGACCAACAACGCAGCCAUUCUGAUGAAGAUCGACAUGAAGAAGCAGCUGGUGGUGCUGGAGGAGGAAUACGAGGACAUCUCACUGGAUCAACUCAGAGAAGAGCUUCCAGAGCGUCAGCCUCGGUAUAUCGUGUACAGUUAUAAACUGAGCCACGGUGACGGACGCGUGUCGUACCCGCUCUGCUUCAUCUUCUGCAGUCCUGUGGGCUGUAAACCGGAGCAGCAGAUGAUGUACGCCGGCAGCAAGAACAGACUGGUGCAGUCCGCCGAUCUCACCAAGAUUUUUGAGGUUCGUAAUCCGGACGAUCUGACCGAGGACUGGCUGAAGGAGAAACUCUCGUUCUUUCGCUGAUCGUCAUGAAGUCACUCAGAAGUUAUUCUGUUUUAAAUCAUUCUUACUCUUAUUUCAUGUAUUAUGUCAGACAUCGUGCCUGUAAUUCUGGAGAAGCUGGAUUGUGAAUCAAUCACAUAAAUCACGUCUGAAUCUCA